AAUAUGACGGAGGUGUUCAAAGUGACAGAGGAAGAUUGGAAUCCAGGUGGUUGCGCUGGCAUGCUGGAGGUGAAGCCGCAAGUAGUGAUCCAUGACCGGCUUAUGACCGACGCGGUCCUCGGCGCCUGCAACAUUCCCAUCAAAACAGAACACUCUUACUGCUCCUCACAACCCGAGAACAUACCCGACUCAGGACUCGAUAAAAUUGACGAUCUGGAAGACGAAUGCUACCGCGCCCUUCCACUCAACUGCGUGGCGAAAAGAAGACGGAGCAGCUCGCAAGAUGAGAGUCCGGACUCACCAAUCAUCGUUGUCAAAGAUGAGCCCAUGAGCGACCAAGAGCCGGACUCCCCCGUGUCCUCCUGUCCCUCCUCGCCGCAAUCCAUGCACGAUUACGAAGAAAAACCAAGCGCAAACAUUAUGAAGCAACCCGCAACAGCAUUGCUAUUGGCAACGAGAGCGAAUCUUUUGAACCAGCACGGUCACCGAGUGUCCAUCUCCGGUAUCAAAGUAGAAACUGGAUCAUCAGGGUUCUCUCUUCCGCCAACUCCACCAUCCUCGACGUCAAGUGACAGCGAAGGCAACGUCUCCCCGGACCAUCCAUCGUCUCCGGCCAGCGCCAGACCGAUCUAUCUCACCACGCACGGAACCCUUCACUCCACGCGGCAGCCCAUCCAGACACCUCUCAUCAGUUGUCAACCGAAAGGUUCCACUGGUCUGCUAAUCCUGACAGACGAGGAGAAAAGAACCUUGCUAGCAGAAGGCUACCCAAUUCCGACCAAACUACCUUUGACGAAAGCUGAAGAAAAAUCCCUAAAGAAAAUUAGGCGAAAAAUUAAAAACAAAAUAUCUGCCCAAGAAAGUCGGCGGAAGAAAAAGGAGUAUAUGGAUGCCUUAGAGAAGAAAGUAGAAAUCCUCUCAUCAGAAAACUCUGAAUACAAGAAAAGGAUAUUAAGUUUGGAAGACUCAAAUACAUCUCUCGUCAGUCAACUUAAGCAGCUGCAAGCCCUCAUUGCAAGGCAUAGCCCUCACUUAAUAUCGUCGAGCAUAACAAAUCAUACUCGCAAUUCAAAAUGAGGCGAAUAGAUCUGCAUUGCGUUCGUCUAUAUUUUUGUGAGGUGUAAAUUAUUCUGUUCAUUCUUCUGCAUUUUCAAAAGACACCGUCCUAGUCUUCUAAAGGAGCUAUCCUGUAUAUUAUUCAUAGUUCAGUUGCAAUAUGUACAUUGUUUGCUGUUGUGCGUCUGAUGUGAAAACUCAAGAAUUGUCUCUAUUUUGAAUUUAUUUUUAGAUAGUUUUAUACAUAAAUUAUUUAUUAUUUUUAUUUGAUCUUAAUCCUGGGUUGAGUUUCAAACUAUGUUGCAUUUUAAAUCAUUUGUACGAUAUUUUUCUGUUUUCCAUUAAAAUAUAAAAAAA